GUUUCUGGAACCAUUGUGGAUAAGAGUGGGCGUACACUCUCAGGCCAGACAGGAGAGGCAUUUGUCAUUAGUGUUUCCCACAGUAAGCCACUUUGUAUUGGCUUAAAUUGUGCUCUAGGGGCAGUUGAAAUGCGACCAUUCAUUGAAACAAUUGGAAAAAAUACAACAGCCUACAUCAUCUGUUACCCCAACGCAGGUCUUCCCAAUACUUUUGGUGGUUAUGAUGAAACUCCAGAAGUGACUGCCAAGCAUAUAAAGAAUUUUGCUUUGGAUGGUUUGGUCAACAUAGUUGGAGGUUGCUGUGGAACUACACCAGCACAUAUCAGGAAAAUUGCUGAAGCUGUGAAAUUCUGUAAGCCUCGUGUUCCACCUUCUCUCUUUCAAGGAUACAUGCUGCUGUCAGGUCUGGAGCCAUUCAGAAUUGGACCAUACACCAACUUCGUUAAUAUUGGCGAGCGCUGCAAUGUUGCAGGAUCACGGAAGUUUGCUAAACUCAUCAUGGCAGGCAACUAUGAAGAAGCCCUCAGUGUAGCCAAAUUGCAAGUUGAGAUGGGAGCCCAAGUUCUUGACAUAAAUAUGGAUGAUGGGAUGCUGGAUGGCCCUGCUGCAAUGACCAGAUUUUGUAACUUGAUUUCUUCAGAACCUGAUAUUGCAAAGGUGCCACUAUGCAUUGACUCCUCAAAUUUUUCAGUGAUUGAAGCAGGUUUGAAAUGUUGCCAAGGGAAAUGCAUUGUUAACAGCAUCAGUCUGAAGGAAGGUGAGGAAGACUUUUUGGAGAAAGCAAGGAAAAUUAAGUUGUAUGGAGCAGCUGUGGUUGUCAUGGCUUUUGAUGAAAUGGGGCAGGCAACAGAAACAGAAACCAAGAUUGCAAUCUGUUCCAGAGCUUAUCACCUCCUUGUAGAAAAAGUGCACUUCAAUCCAAAUGAUAUAAUAUUUGACCCUAAUAUUUUGACCAUAGGAACUGGAAUGGAAGAACAUAACCUGUAUGCCAUAAAUUUUAUCAACGCUACUAAAACCAUAAAAGAAACACUGCCAGGAGCCAGGAUAAGUGGAGGUCUUUCCAAUCUGUCUUUCUCCUUUCGAGGAAUGGAUGCCAUUCGAGAAGCAAUGCAUGGGGUGUUCCUUUACCACGCAAUUAAGUAUGGCAUGGACAUGGGAAUUGUGAAUGCUGGGAAUCUGCCAGUGUAUGAUGAUAUCCACAAGGAAUUGCUACAGCUCUGUGAGAAUCUAAUCUGGAACAAAGAUCCUGAUGCGACAGAGAAACUUCUACAUUAUGCUCAGAAUCAUGCCCAAGGAGGAAGAAAAGUUGUACAGACUGAUGAGUGGCGGAAAAGCUCUGUGGAGGAAAGGCUGGAAUAUGCUCUCAUAAAGGGUGUUGAGAAGUAUGUCACUGAAGAUACAGAAGAAGCAAGAUUAAAUCAGGAAAAGUAUCCUAGACCUCUAAAUGUGAUUGAAGGGCCUUUGAUGAAUGGCAUGAAAAUAGUUGGUGAUCUUUUUGGUGCUGGAAAGAUGUUUCUGCCUCAGGUGAUAAAGUCUGCUCGAGUUAUGAAGAAAGCAGUUGGCCACCUUAUUCCCUAUAUGGAAAAAGAAAGAGAGGAGAGGAGAGCCAAACGAGGCAGCAUAGAGGAAGAGGAUCCUUAUCAUGGUACAAUAGUGCUAGCAACUGUGAAAGGAGAUGUACAUGAUAUUGGCAAGAACAUUGUAGGAGUCGUUCUGGGCUGCAACAACUUCAGAGUUAUUGAUUUAGGAGUCAUGACUCCAUGUGAUAAGAUAUUGAGAGCUGCUGUUGAGAACAAAGCAGAUAUAAUUGGCCUGUCUGGUCUCAUCACUCCUUCUUUGGAUGAAAUGAUUUUUGUCGCCAAGGAAAUGGAGAGAUUGGCAAUAAAGAUUCCUUUGCUGAUUGGAGGAGCAACUACUUCUAAAACACACACAGCUGUAAAAAUUGCCCCACGAUAUAGUGCACCUGUAAUUCAUGUCCUGGAUGCAUCCAAGAGUGUUGUCGUUUGCUCCCAGCUCUUAGAUGAAAGUCUAAAGGAUGAUUUCUUUGAAGAAAUAUUAGAGGAAUAUGAAGAAAUUAGGCAAGAACACUAUGAGUCUCUCAAGGAAAGAAGAUACUUGUCUCUACAACAAGCUAGAAAAAAAGGUUUCCAUAAUGACUGGUUAUCAGGCCAUAAACCAGUUAAACCAAAAUUCAUUGGCACAAAAGUCUUUGAAGAUUAUGACCUGAAGAGGCUGGUAGAAUACAUUGACUGGAAGCCUUUCUUUGAUGUCUGGCAACUUAGGGGAAAGUAUCCCAACCGGGGUUUCCCUAAACUCUUUAAUGAUAAAACUGUAGGUGAAGAAGCAAAGAGAGUUUAUAAUGAUGCUCAAAAUCUACUGAAAAUGUUGAUUAAUCAAAAGAAAUUACAAGCCAGAGGCGUGGUGGGGUUCUGGCCAGCUCAAAGUGUUCAAGAUGAUAUCCAUUUAUAUGCUGUAGAAGAGGCAGUGGGAUCUUCUGAACCAAUUGCAAAAUUUUAUGGCUUAAGGCAACAGGCUGAAAAGGACUCUGCCUGCACAGAUCCCUAUUACUGCCUCUCUGACUUCAUAGCACCACUGGAUUCUGGCAUUUGUGACUACUUAGGCCUGUUUGCUGUGGCCUGCUUUGGUGUAGAUGAGUUAUGCGAUGAAUUCAGGAAACAGGAUGAUGAAUACAACGUCAUAAUGGUAAAGGCUCUUGGUGAUCGGUUGGCAGAGGCAUUUGCUGAGGAGCUCCAUGAAAGGGUUCGAAGGGAAUUCUGGGCUUACUGUAGUACCGAGCAACUAGAUCUCUCUGACCUACGUAGAAUUAGAUACGAGGGAAUUCGCCCUGCCCCUGGCUAUCCAAGCCAGCCUGACCAUACAGAAAAACUCACCAUGUGGAAACUUGCAAACAUUGAGGAAACAACAGGAAUUGGUUUAACUGAAUCACUAGCAAUGAUACCUGCUUCUGCAGUUUCUGGCCUCUACUUUUCCUGUCCCAAAUCCAAGUAUUUUGCAGUUGGCAAGAUAUGUAAAGAUCAGGUUGAAGAUUAUGCACGGAGAAAAGAUUUGUCUGUGGCAGAGGUGGAGAAAUGGCUGGGACCCAUUUUGGGAUAUGAUAGUGAUCAACUGUGACACUUGUGGGUCAGUGUUUUCUUUUCAUGGUUUAUUCAUCAG